AAUUUAGAAUUCCAUCUUUUGAGAGGGAAAUGAUUGAACAAAGAAACUGGUGACAACGUGAGAUGAAGGGAUACUAUAGGCAUGGAUAGUGUCCACGUGGUAAGUCCUGCACCUCAUGCCUGAGAAUCUAAGCAACAGCUACAACUCCUCCAUGUAACUGCUGUGUCAGGACGCAUUGCAUUCCAGCCUCUGCUUCUGUAACUCUCUUUCUGUCCCUCGCACUUCAUAUCCUAUAGUGUCCUGUUUCUUGUUAUGGGAUGCACUGGUAUUUCGCAAGUUCUGCUUUCUGUGCAUGAUACAGGAGUAUCGGAGUAGAAGGAUUGCCUACUGGAGGAUUUAUUCAACAAAGAGGAAUGAUGGUAACUACACAGAAAUAAGCCUUGCUUUGGGUUAUUCCAAUCAGUGCAUUCAGAGAGUUUGAACAAUGAUGAUCCAGGUGCAGUUGCAAAUGCAGCUUCAAGGAUAGACAUGACAUUUGUGGCCACUGACACUCUGUCUGAACUGGUUUGGUAUCCACAGAAAGGUUUGAGGCUUAGAUGUGCUGAUGGUAGCAUCUCCAACAAAAAUGGCUCUCUUUUAUGGGGUAUAGUGCCUGCCAAUACGGCAAGUGGGUUAAGUUCUGAUAUGCCAAUCUCGAAUACUCAAAAAGCUACCAGCAAAAGAAAUUUUAUGGCAUCUCUGGCAACAUGUAAUCUAGGAAGUGAAGUUUCUGGAGGAGAUGAUUCCACUAGAUUUCCUACAAGCGAUGCAGCAAUUGGUGAUCCAGCUGAGGAAAUGAAAAAUGCAAUGAACAUUUCUUUUCUGCAGCGAAAGGAUACAAGAAAUAAUAAAGGGGAAGGCAAACCCAGGCUGCUUGUGGCAGAAAAUAAUCGAACACGUAAUGAACAUAUUGGCAGGGCUGCAAAUGGCAAUGAUGGGAAUCAUGCAUUAGGAAUGGAAAUUGCUUUGACCUCUGAAAUUCGUAGCGCCAAAGAAUGUGAAGCUUAUGAUACCAAAAUGCAGAAUGCAGGAAAAGGACAUGAGGAAUCGCCUUCAAUUAUACGAAAAGAACGCAAAAAUAAGAUUGUCGUGAGCCACCCUCCCGGAAUUUUUCCCUUGGAAAAAUUGGAGUCAGGUGAUGAGAAUGAUGUUGCCGCUCCGCAUAGUGAAAAUAUCUGUGGUCCGACAACUGAGAUUUUAGCUUUGGAUUAUGCUGGUAAAGCUGAAAAUGAGACUCAGCUGGAUGAUGAAUUAUUUCCUGUAGACAAGACUCUUGCUGUUAGACAGUCUACCACAAAAAGCAGAAUCCAAAAUUUGAAAGGAAAGUCUAGGGCUUUAUCUGAUGGAGAUGCAAAUGAAAUGAUGUUCAACGAGGAGGAUAACAGCCAUGAGAGUGUUGAAAGCUGUAACAGUGCUGGGCUAUUUCCAACAGGAAAAAGGAGAUGGAACUUUGAGCAACAAUUGAUUGUAGGGAGCAAAAGAGUGAAACGGCAAAUUCAAGAAAGUCCUAGUUCUUCAUCACUGAUUAAACAAGAUAGCUCAUUCAUGUAUUGGAUCUCAAACAUGACGAAGGGGUUCUCGAAAUCAAGUGAAGGCGGGGUACCUUCUUUUUCUCCUGCCCUUGAAAUUCUCAAUCGUGGACCUGAGAAUCCUGAUCAGGUUCUUAUCACAAGCAAAACAAACAACGAUCCUGGGUGCAGAAUUACAGGAUUUCAAUCCAUUUUUCAAUCGCUUUUUUGCCGAAAGACAAAGUUUCAAGAAGCUGUCACUUUGAAUGUUGAUCAUCCAACAGAAGAAUUGAAAGAACUUGAGCUGGAUAAUAAGAUAUGUGAUUUGGAUGCUACUCCAAUUGCUUGUAGUAUGGUGACGGGUAAUAUUUACAAAAGGUUUCUGCCAUCAAACGAUGAGUUCAAUGUGUCUACAUCUGGCAAUCGAGAGACUCCUGUGGUUCACUCUCACGAUGUAUCUAUGAAUUUUGCUGCCACUCAGGAAAACAACCGGGGUAACUCUACAGUGAACAAACAUUCAUGCAAUUUGGCAACUAGUAGGGAGAAAGGUGGAACAAGCUUCAGUAGUUCUCAGGGCAAACAUAAGACAAACAAUGUUGAGAAAAUUGAUCCUGAACUGCCAUUUGAAGGAAAUACAGCCUCUAAUUUUGACCCCAUUGGUGACCCUUUGGAAAGUUUGUGGAUAGCUCGGUUUACUCCAAAACCUUCUGGUCUUUUGCUGAACCAGGAUCCUUCCAAAAGAAGUGCUGGUGAGGCUCUCAACUGGUCUUCUGAUGGCCACAGGCAGAAACCUCAAUUGCAGAGUCCUCUUGGUACUUUUGGUGAACAUGAAAAUGAAGAGCUACUGCAGGUGCUUAAUAGUGGUUCUGUUACUAAGGCUCCAUUUUGCGCCUACAAGAUCAAAGCACGCUACAACUAUAAGUGCAUACAUAAACUGAAGCCCAUCUUAGCUUCUCCAAGAUUCGAAAAUUCCGAGGCAAUGGCUUCUCUCUUUGCAAGGAGAUUGGAUGCCCUCAAACACUUCAUGCCAUCAGAUGAACCAUAUAAUGCAGCUCUUGCAACUACGACCUGCUUUUUUUGUGGCAUAAAGGGUCACCAUUUGCAAGAAUGUCCAGAGAUAACUGAUACUGAGCUUGAAGAUCUUCUGAGAAAUAUGAAUUCAUAUAAUGGGGUAAAAGAAAUGCCUCGUGUGUGUAUUAGAUGCUUUCAGCUCGAUCAUUGGGCCGCUGCCUGUCCUAGUGCAUGUUCAAGAGUAAGGAAUCAAGCAGAAAGUGAUGCUUCUUUUGUCAACCAUUGUGGUCCAAGCAAAAUGCAGCUUAAUGCGAGAAUUGAAGACAAUGCAAUGCAAAAACAUAUCGCUGCUGGUCCACUUACAAUUUGUGAUAGAAAUGAUUUUGGAAUGGAGAGAGAUCUGAAUUUAACCUGGAAAUCGAACGAAGCUGCUAAUUCUGGAGAAAUGAAACUGAAUGUCAAAUUUUUGGGUGAUGAAAUUGCUUCAAGUUCCAGGGAGAAAAAGUUGAAAGAAAACCUAAUUGAACCUGUAUAUGAAACUCUCAAUGCCGAAAUUUCUGAUGUACCGAGGGGAAUCAUUGAUGCCAUAAGAAUGCUUCAUUUGUCGAGAACAGAUAUUCUCAAAUGGACAAACUCCCACAUGUCACUCUCACAUCUAGACGGUUUUUUCCUGCGUGUGCGGCUCGGGAAGUGGGAAAAGGGGCUUGGAGGAACUGGAUACUAUGUAGCUUGCAUUACUGGAACAAAAAUGGAGAAUUCGCCGCAAAAUUCCAAAAAAUGUAUUGCUGUGAAUGUAGGAGGGAUCAAAUGUCUGGUUGAAAGUCAACAUGUCUCCAACCAUGAUUUCCUUGAGGAUGAGCUGGUGGCAUGGUGGUCUGCUACCUCAAGGAGUGGUAGCAAAUUGCCUUCUGAAGAAGAGUUAAGAUUGAAAGCUGCUGGAAAGAAAAUGCUAGGGUUUUAGGCAUAAAUCAAUUGCAGAUGAUAGAUCUGUAGUUUUGGAUCCCUGCUUCCACAUUUAUUUCAUAAUUGAUGCCAAUGUGAGCAAAGUUCUCUUUGCACGUGAACUUAUUAUUUUAUUUCAUCUUAUUCUUCUUUAUUUUGAGUUUGUUGUUAUCUUG